AUGUUGCUGCUUCAGUGCAGGCAUGGAGCUUCUUCUCCUAAGCUAGAUAAUAUGGUACCAAAUGGAAAAAUGGAGAUUCUCCUUGUAUUUCUAGGUGUGCUUGGUAAUUCUGUUGCUCUGCCCAUGCACAUGCCCCGAAUGCAUGGAUUUAGCAGUAAAAGUGAGGAGAUGAUGCGGUACAAUCAAUUCAACUUUAUGAACUCUCCACAUCUCGCACAUCUGGGCCCCAUGUACGGAAAUGGUUUGCAACUCCCUCCACAGUUCCCACAGUAUCAGAUGCCCAUGUGGCCUCAGCCACCACCCAAAAUGUGGCCCCCACAGAAACCUUCAGGACCCAAACGCCAGAGCAAGACUGACCAAGCCCAAGAGACCCAGAAACCCAACCAGUCUCCGCCAAAAAAGCCACCACAGAAGCGGCCUGUGAAGCAGCCACCAAGUGCCCCAACAGAGCCCAAAGAGGAAGCUCAGCCACCUCAGGUAUUCCCACCAUUUAACAGUGGGUUAUUUCCUUAUCAACAACCACCAUGGCAGAUUCCACAGAGAGUACCACCACCAGGUUAUGGACGCCCACCAAUCAGCAAUGAAGAAGGAGGAAAUCCUUACUUUGGAUAUUUUGGAUAUCAUGGCUUUGGGGGACGCCCUCCUUAUUAUUCUGAAGAGAUGUUUGAACAAGAUUUUGAAAAACCUAAAGAAAAAGAUCCUCCUAAAGCAGAGAGUCCAGCUACAGAGCCCACAGCUAAUUCAACAGUUACAGAGACUAAUUCUACCCAGCCAAAUCCCGGAGGGAGUCAGGGUGGAAAUGACACCAGUCCAAGAAACAGUGGCCCUGGACCAAACACUGGAAGCAACCCUACAGCUCAAAAUGGGGGCAUCACACCCCCUCCAGUUAAUACUUCACGCCAGGGAGUGUUGGGAAAUCAAAUCCCAUGGAGACCAAGUCAGCCAAAUAUUCAUCCAAAUCCUAACAUUAGAAAUUUUCCUUCUGGAAGACAAUGGCAUUCCACUGGUACCGCCAUGGGAAAUAGACAGACUAGGCCUUUUUACCGAAAUCAACAAGUUCAGAGGGGUCCUUCGUGGAAUUCCUUUGCUUUGGAAAGUAAACAAGCAGCUCACCCAAGAACUCCAACUUAUCGGAAAGCUUACUCUUCCAUUUCUAGAGGUAAUUAUGCCAACUAUGCAGGAAAUCCAGCAAAUCUCAGAAGGAAGCCUCAAGGGCCAAAUAAACACCCCAUGGGAACCAAUGUUGCCCCACUGGGUCCCAAACAUGGUACUGUUGGCCACAACGAAAAAAUCCAAAAUCCUAAGGAGAAGUCACCAGGUCAAAAAGAAAGAAUAGUUGUUCCUACAAAGGCUCCAACUGGCCCCUGGAGAAAUACUCAGAACUAUGGAGUUAAUAAACCAAAUUAUAAACUGCCUCACCCUGAGGAUAACACAGAAAUCCCAACUUUUAAUUCUAUUGAUCAACAUGUAAACUCCUAUUACCCAAGAGGAGAUUCAAAAAGAGUCCAAAAUUCUGAUGGACAAAUCCAAAACCAGAAUUUGCCCAAAGGCAUUGUUUUAGAGCCAAGAAGAAACCCAUAUGAAUCAGAAACUAAUCGGCCAGAAUUAAAACACAGUACAUAUCAGCCUGCAUACCCUGAAGAAAUCCCCCCAGUAAAAGAACAUUUUCCUGCAGGAAGAAAUACUUGGAACCACCAAGAAAUCUCUCCACCCUUUAAGGAAGAUCCUGGGAGGCAGGAACAUUUGCCUCAUCCUUCCCAUGGCUCUAGAGGAAGUGUUUUCUACCCUGAAUACAACCCCUAUGAUCCUAGGGAAAGCUCACCAUUCCCUAGGAGCAAUACAUGGGAUGAUAGAAAUGUUUCUCCCAAUACUAUGGGGCAACCAGAAAAUCCACUAUACCCCAUGAAUACUCCAGACAUAAAAGAGACAGUCCCUUAUAAUGAAGAGGACCCAACUGAUCCAACUGGAGAUGAACCUUUUCCAGGACAGAAUAGAUGGGGUGAGGAAGAGUUGAGCUUUAAAGAAGGCCCUACAAUUAGGCACUAUGAAGGUGAGCAAUAUACACCAAAUCAACCAAAGGAAUACCUUCCUUAUUCUUUAGAUAAUCCAUCAAAACCUAGGGAAGAUUUUCCUUAUAGAGAAUUUUACCCCUGGAACCCAGAUGACAAUUUCCCAUCAUAUAACACAGCUCCCACACUCUCACCACCAGUGGAGAGCAGGGGCUAUUAUGCUAAUAAUGCUAUUGGACAAGAAGAAAGCACUCUGUUUCCUUCGUGGAACUCCUGGGACCGCAGAAUUCAAGACCAAAGGCAGAAAGAAGGAGGAUCAUAUUUUAACAGCAAUUUCUGGGAUCGGGCAACAAACUUACAUAAAGUUCCACCUAGUCCACCAGACCAGAAAGAGAACCAACGCUAUCCCAGUAACUCCCCAGCUGGGCUUCAGAAAAAUCCAACAUGGCAUGACGGUGAGGAUUUCAAGUAUGGCAUGCAAAUUACAAGGCUAAAUUCACCAGACAGAGAACAUUUGGCUUUCCCAGACUUAAUCCCUCAAAGUUACCCACCAAGUCAAAAAGAAGCACAUCUAUUUCACCUGACCCAGAGAGGUUCCUGCUGUACUGGUGGUUCCACAGGUCCCAAGGACAAUCCACUGGCUCUACAAGAUUACACUCCAUCCUAUGGCCUUGCCCCAGGGGAGAACCAGGACACCAGUCCUCAGUACACAGAAGGCAGUCAUACCAAGCAUGCAAGACAUGUCAUCUCCCCAACAAGCAUCCUACCUGGCCAAAGAAACAGCUCAGAGAAGAGAGUUCCUGGAGAAAGCCAAAACGCAAGUCCUUUUAGAGAUGAUGUGUCCACUCUGAGGAGGAACACACCAUGUUCUAUGAAGAAUCAGCAAGGCCAAAGGGGAGUUUUGCCCAUUCCUGAAGCCAGUACCCUUCAACCAAAGAAUAUACCUUGUCUCCAAAGUGAGCUUGGAGGAGAUGGAAAUAAUGUAAUGGAACAAAUUUUUGAAGGCAACCAGCUCAAUGAAAGAACUGUUGACCUUACUCCUGAGCAGCUUGUCAUUAGUACACCUGAUGAAGGCCUGAAACCAGAAGGCAUCCAAAGUGAGGGCCAAGGAAAUGAAGAUGAGCGGCACCAACAAAGACCAUCUAGCAUCCUGCAGUUACCAUGCUUUGGCUCCAAGAUAGCAAAGCCUCACUCUUCCAGCCCUGGAACUCUCUCUAGCAAUGGAAGGCAAGGCCCAUUUGAAGGGGAUCCAAUUAUGCCUACUGGAAAUCCUAACACAAUGGUUGAGUUAGUUACUGGGGAACAAUUUAAGAGUAUAAAUGCAGAUCCACUUAAUGCAGGUGAACACACUCCAUUUGAAUUCCUUCAAAGAGGAACCAAUCCACAGGACCAGGUACAAGACUGCUUACUACUUCAGGCCUAG